UUUCUUUCUUUCCCUGUAUGUAUCUCUGUCUGUUUCUCUCUCUCUCUCUCUUUCUUUCUUUCUCUUUCUCUCCCUCUCCCUCCCUCCCUCUGUCGUACUUGUAUGGAGUUGGAAAAAUGGUCAAGCUCUCAGGGUGAAGGAGUCUUUCUUUUCUGGAGAGAGGAUAAAAACAAAAGCAAACAAACAAAAUUGUGUUUCACUUUUCCUGAUCUUAUCAUCGACUCUCUCUUUCUCUCUCUCUAUACAUAUAUAUGCACACACACAUCUAUGCAUGUGUGUUAAAAAAAGGUAAACUCAUUUUGGAACAUUAAGCUAUUGCAGACAACUUUGUUGUGGGUGCGAGGUGCUGGUUUAUUUUGUCUGUUUUAUUUUAAAUUUUACAUGGUGUUUCACAUGUGUGAAUCCGUGCCUUUGUCUUUUUCUGUCUGGUUGGCUUGUUCAUCGAUAUCAGUGUGUAAUGCUUUCAAAGUGAUGUGAUGGAUGGAGGAGAGUCAGUGGUGGAAAAUCGUGGGACUCUUAACACAGAGCAGCUCCUGUCUCAAACUGAAUGUCCUUCAUCACAAGAUGAAAAAGCUACACUACUAGAAAGUAAAGAUUCUUUGGAAAAUAAAGAUAAUGACAGUGAUCUGACAACAAACAUUCAGUCUGAGGAUGAUGAACAUCCAGGGAAAACUUGUGCAAUUGAAACUGUAAAUGAUAUUUCAUCAGUCCCAACACAGUCGUUUCAGAAUCAAGUGGAUGAACAACAAUCUUGUUUACGACAGCAACUAGAAGAACAACAAGUAUGUGAAAAACAGCAACAACUGCAAUUAUCAUCAACACCAUCACCCCAGGAGCAACUGCAUCAACAUCAGCAUGAAGAACAGACUAAACAGGAUCCUGAGUCUCAGCAACAAGAUCAACAACGACAACACUUAAAUGAUGAUCCAUAUGAAUUCAGUAAUGAAAACUUUGAUAAUGCCUCUGUCUCGAAAUUGUCUCCAGGACAUCCUGGAGCGAUUCAGACCAGCUCACGAAUUAUAAAAGUUCCAGAGAAUGCUAAAUCUGUGGAAUCUGGUGCAGAAAAACCAUUGUUUGUACAGCAUGGUUCUGAUGACUUCAACAAAAUUAAAAUGGAUGAUGCAUCAAAUGCAGCAACUCUUUCCAAAUUGGAUUCUGGAUGCAAUGACGGUGAUCAGAACCAAAACUGUACCAUUAAUGGUUUUUCACAACAAGAAACAUUAUUAGUGACUCCUGGAGAUUCUAAUCAGGUACAUAAAACAUUAGGAACAUCACAGGAUAAUCUCCCAAAGGAUGCAGUUUCAAAUGCUUCAAAGUCUCAGUUAUUUAACAGUGAUGUUUUUCAAAAUCAAACUCAGGAAGCAGUAUCUAUGCAGUCCCCAAGAACAACAUUACCAAUGAAGGAUAAUUGCGACAACUGUAUUGUUUCUUCAUCCUGCUGUUCAACUGAAAAGAACUCUGAAAUGGAAAGCAGCCAUAUUAAUAAUGAACUCCAGUCCAUUCAACCAGAGAUGAACCAUCAAAAGACAUUACAAUCUCAGGGAUAUGCAUUUACUGAAUUAAAAUAUGUUAAUAGUAAUCAGUUGCAAAAUAUAACCAGUCAGAAAAAUGUUGAUGAUAUUCGAGAAGAAAAUAAUUUACAUUCAAAUCAAAUAUCUUGUAAUCCCAGAACUGGAACUUUUGACAAUGGUUCUCUCAGUGAAAAAGGCUAUUCUCCAGAUUCAGAUGUGAUGGUUCGUCUAAGAGAGAAUUUAGAAGUUAACACCAGCUGUGAACAAAGCCUGAUCUCAACGCAAUCUAAUUCUGCAGCUGUAAGUAGUCAAAUGACUGCCCAUGUGGCACAGUCAUUGCCUCCUUCUGUAUCAUAUGAAAAUAUGUUGUGUAAUGAAAUUUCUGAAGAAUCAGUUAGAAAGAACCCUCUAAAUAUGCCAUGCCAAUUAUCUGAAUCUAGAAAAAGUCUUAACACUGAUGACAUGUUGAAAUCUAAGCGACUGAAAAUUUCUCAUUCGGAAAAUUCUUCUUCUUCUUCAUCACACAUACCUCCAUCAUCAUGGCCAGCUGUGACUACUGGUAUGUUGCAGUGUCCUAGCUCAUCGGUCCUUUCUCUAAUCGCACCAGUUGAUAUGUCUAUCGACCGGACCCAAUUGUGCUCUAGUAAUUCAAAUGUUGAUAAAACUUUAAUAGAAACUAGUAAAGCAAAUAAUGUAGAUUCUGUUAUUGUAAGCAAUGUCUCAACUAGUUGUAAUGAUCUGAGUAAGACUCUAUCCAUGAAUGAUCAAAUUAUGAAACCUACUUCCAAUUUACCAUAUUGUUAUGAUAAAUCAGGAAGCUCUUCUCAAAUGUAUAGAAAAGAAGAAACUGAUUCAAAUGUCAUAUUAUCCGAUAGUCAGUGUAUUACAAGAGGUUACAGUCAUGAGUCAUCUUCUUAUUCAGUAUCUUCAAAAGAUGACUUAGCUCAAAAUAUUUUAUCACCUGCUCAAAAUGUUGUUAUUAAUUCAGUUAAUUCAGAUGUUCAUAGUUCAUCAACUUGGGUGCCUGAUAGCUCACAGUAUAAUGAAAGAGGAAAACUUAACCAGCCAAGGGCAUCAGCUAGGUCUGGUACUGCAUCAAAACCAAGAACUGUAAAAUCUCCAUCAUACAGAAGUCAGAUAAAAGCAACAAAAUCCAGAAGUUCUUUGAGAAAUCUACCCCCUGAUAACAGAUUGCUUUCAGCUGAACACAGAACGCAAUCCGCAUUGAAUGAUUCUAUGUUCAACAGUCAGCUUCAGUUAUCAGCGUUUGAUCCUCUACCAAAUGCUAUGAACCUUACAACAAUACCUGCCAAUAUUGCUUCUACAAAUCCUCUUCAACAACCACAUGAAUAUAUGCAGUAUAAUAAAGUACGAUUUCCUCCAAAAGCUCACAGCAACAUUUCUAACGUACAAUAUGGUUCCCAUGCCUCUUCAAGAUAUGGUAAUAUACAAGUGGGAGAUCACAAUGUAGCAGUCUCGUUUCCUGAACAUGCUUCAAAAUUAAAAACUGAUAAUGUUAAACAACAUCGAUAUCUACCGCAUCAUUUGCUUGGAAUGCCAUUGAUUAGUGCUAAACCUAUGAGUGAUCAUGUUUGUUCUGCAUCUAAUAUAGUUACUCCACAGUAUACUUCUAGCAUUUAUACCUGUGCUGCCAACAAAACUUCUUUUAGUUCAAGUACAUUAUCCAAUCAAUCCAAACACCGAACUUUCAGUACUUUUCCACCUCCUCCACCCCCAUACCCAAAGCCUCCUUCAUAUGAAGAGGUUGUUAAAAAUAUGGUGCCUGCUUCAAUCAAAAAAGAGGAUUUCCUAUCUGACCAACAAUACUUUGGUAGCAGUAGGAAAUCUCUUUGGCAGCCAUUUACUGAGGGAAAUGCUAAUAUGAUUCAGGUAAAAACUGAACCAGUUUCUGAUAUUGACUCUUCUGUUGAUGUGGCAACAUCUUCAUCAUUACAACCUGUUUCAUUAGUCCCUUUGCCUACAUUUCGGGAUACUUUCAGCUCAAAUUCAAAGAACUCUCAGAUGAGUAUGUCUUCAAAUCAAAUGACCAUACCAUCUUCUCAUUCUGUAAAUAAUUACCAAACACUUCAUCCUUCUAGUUCAAGUGCACAUAUUUCCAGCCAAUCAUUGCCAAAAUCUCAGUGUAUGGAUAAAGUAAAGCUUGCUGCUGCUGCUGGCUCAAAUACCAAUAGUGAUUUAAAACCACUCAAUGCAUAUACACCAGAAAUAUCCUCUGACAAUAAUACACAAUUUAAACUGAAUAGUAUGAAAAUUGAAACAGACAAACAUGGAAAUCCAUUAUCUUCAGAUGUUAAAUGUAAAUUUUCAAUAAAUAAUUCAAAUUUUACUGACAGUAAUUUUCAAAGUGCUUUCCUUAAUUCUUGUCCCCAAAAUACCAAAAUUCCUAGUGAGAAAAUGACAAAAAUUUCAGAUGCUUUUAAUUCCACUGUUAAACAUAUCUUUAAUAACAAAUAUUCUGCUGAUACUAAGAAAAAUUCAUGUUACGAGGGCAAAAUGGAAUCUAAUCCCCAAGUGAAAACAGAACCUCAGGAAGAUACUUUACCCCAAAAUUCUACAGAUGACAAUACGAAAGAAAAUAAUGAUGGUGCUAAUUUAUUUAAUCGACUCAAAGCAAAUAUAAAAGUAGACAUUCCAGACUGUGGUUGUUUAGGACCAGGAUAUGUUCCUAGUGAAGCUGUUGAAGGUCCCUUUUAUACUCACUUAGGAGUAGGGUCUUCAUUAGAAGAAGUGAAAAAGAUAAUGGAAAAUCGAACUGGGUUAUCUGGUGAGGCUGUUCGUGUAGAGAAAAUUAUUUAUACUGGAAAGGAGGGCAAAAGUAGUCAGGGCUGUCCAAUUGCAAAGUGGAUUGUCCGCAGAUCUGGGGUCGAAGAGAAAGUUCUCUGUCUUGUCAGACACCGACAGGGACAUUUUUGUGAAACUGCUUGCCUCAUAAUAUGCGUUGUAGCCUGGGAAGGUAUUCCAAACAGCAUAGCAAAUGAGAUGUAUUCCUACCUAGUGCCAACAUUGACAGAGUUUGGUUUAGAAACUGAUCGACGCUGUGGAUACAAUGAACAAAAAACCUGUGCUUGUCAAGGUAUGGAUAUACAAAAAAGAGGUGCUUCUUUUUCUUUCGGGUGCUCUUGGAGUAUGUAUUUCAAUGGAUGUAAAUUUGCUCGAAGUAAGGAUGCUAAAAAGUUUAGACUGAAAGAUACAGUAUUGGAUGAAGUUGCAGAAAAUAAAUUCCAGAGUUUAGCAACAAGACUUGCUCCAUUAUAUAAAUCAGUGGCACCUGAAUCCUACAACAACCAGGUAUUUUUUGAAGACAGUGGUUAUGAAUGUCGCCUUGGUUAUCGGGAUGAAAAUUCAAAACCUUCACGGCCAUUUUCUGGUGUGACUGCCUGUGUGGACUUUUGUGCCCAUUCACAUAAAGAUUUACACAAUAUGAACAAUGGAUGCACUGUGGUUGUAACUUUGACAAAACAUGGACCUCUAGAAAAACCAGCUGAAGAACAACUACAUGUUUUGCCCCUUUAUAUUUUGGAUCUCAAAGAUAAAAACUUUGAAGAUAAAUUGAAGAAAGGAUGCGUUGAGAUUCUCUCAAACUAUCCCAAGUAUGCACAUGUUCGCGCUUCUCCAGUAACACCUAAACGUAAAGGGAAGAAUAAGAAAGAUAGUCCUUCUAACAAAAGAGUCAAUUCUCGUAUGAGUUCACCUAGAAAAGCAACUUUUUUGAAUUCAAAGAAUGCAAAUCUUAUGUCUCAAGCUGCUACCAAUGCUAAAUCUAACCUUUGUUCUAAUCUUCCUCAGAAUGCCAUGGCAAAUAUCUCUGGAUAUAAGAACAUCGUUAAUAAAAUUAACUUAUUACAGAACAGCACAGUAAAUAAUAUAUCGUCAUCAUCAUCACCAUCACCAUCAUCUGCAGCAUCGGCAUUAUCAUCAACAGCACCACCUCAAGCAUCAUUGUCAUCACCAUCAUCCUCAUCAUCAUUAAAUACAUCAUUAUCUUCUUCAUCAUCAACACCACUAGCACAAUCAUCAUCAUUUAAAGUUGGGUCAGUAGAAGAGAGUAACAAAAAUUCAAAUGAUCAGUCAGUGAAUAAUGCUGCUCCUUUAAAACCCCCAACAAAUGCACAGUCAAAUAAUGAAAACACGUACAAUCAGUUUUGUAAAUAUUUAUAUUCUCAUGGUACAUUCCCUCCAGCAAAUUUUCUGAAGGAUGGUGAUUCUGAAGCUAUAAAAAUGCUGACUAGCCAAUCAGCAGCUAUUGGCAAAGAUGGUCUGUUAGAUCCUUCAUUGCAUCAGCAGUUUAGAAACAUUGAUCUCCCUAAAACCUAUGAGGGUCUAAAGAAAAUGUCAACUGAUGUCUUAUUGCCAACAGGAUCAGUAUGUAAUGUCCCUUUUGUUAACUCUAAUGUUAAAGACAGUAAGCGUCCCUUCUCUGCAUCUAGUUUAACAUCAGAUGACUUUGAGUCUCCUCUACACUUGUUAUCUGAAGCAGUUAUGAUUCGGAGCCAGACUGCUGUAGAAAAAUCCCGAACAGUUUCACCCCAGUCACAAGCUGGUGUGAAUAUAUCAACUCCAAGAAAGCCAGCUCCAAAUACAGAAUUAUCAGCUGCUGUUAUGGGUGCUGCCAAUCAGAAUGCUGUAAAUUUUUCUAACCAUCUAUCUAGAAAUUCAUGUUCAAAUGCUAAUAUACCAUUAGAUUUAUCAAAAGACCAACAUUCCAGACUAUCAUCUCUUAGUUCUAAUUUUGAUAGGAAAGAUAUUUUUGAUAAAGUCAAUAGUAAUUUAUGCCAAACUAGUGUUUCAUCUUAUUCUCCUUCAAAUUCUAAAAACCUCACUUCAACGCCAUCAUUAAGUACGCCAUUUUUACCAGCUGAUGGAUCAAUGGCAGACUCUCUUGGCCAUUUGAAUGCCAACAGUACCGAACUAAUCAGCUCUGAGCUUGAGUUCAAUGAACAAAACUUCAGAGAUCCAGAUAUUGGAGGUGUUGCUAUUGCAUUAACACAUGGUUCUGUGCUAUUUGAAGUUGCUAAACGAGAGUUGCAUGCAACAACUGCUCUUCUGAAUCCUAACAGAUUUUCACCAACACGAAUUAGCCUAGUAUUUUAUCAACACAAAAGUAUGAAUUUACGUUACCAUGGCUGGUAUGAGAACGAACGUAAGCUUGAAUUACAGCGUCAGAAACGACUACAAAAGAUGAAAGAAGAGACAAAUAAAAACAUUCCCCUUCCAAGUGAGGAGUUGAAACCUGGAAGUAAGAAAAGGCGUAAAAAGGAAGAGACAACAGUGGCAGAGAGCCCUGCUCAGUACAAGUAUAUGUGGGAGACAGCGAUUAAACAUACUGUAACUCGAACAACAGACACCGUGAUCACUCAAUCUAUAGAUCCUCAACCUACUGUUACGGGUCCUUAUCAAAAAUGGAUCUGUCAAUGAUUUUUCUAAUUUUGUUGUUUUUAUUAACUAAUGAAAUGCAUUAUAGACAAAUAAUUUACAUCUCAUUAACCUUUAAGUAAUUUCUUCAUUCUUUUAUAUGAAGAAAUUAUUUUCUCAUUCUUUUUUACUGGAAUUCUAUCACUUCACUUCAAUUCGCCCAACACAAGUAAUAUUCUAUUCAUUGCUGUUUUCAUUUAACUUUCUUUUUUAUUAGUAUUACUUUUUUUCACCUUUUGUUGCUUGGAUUUAUGGUUUAAUUUAAUUUUUAGAUUUAAUUUGUCAGUGAAUGGAAUUGAUAUUAUUCAUUUAACUUGGAAGACUCUUUCAUCAGUUUUGAUCAUUAUUUUUAAAAUCUUCAUUUUUUUAUUUAUGAAAUAUUUAUAACAAAGUUUUGAAAUUGAUUUUUACAAAAAUUAUUGAAAGAUGUGUAAAUUGUCUUUCGUUGAAAAUUGCAAUUUUUCUCAUUUCUGAGAAGAUCUUUGAUGCUUCAGUUUUCAUUGUAGUGAAUCAUACACUUCAGCAGCCGAAGUGUCAUUAGUUAAUUAGUGAUUGCAUAGCAUGUCUUUCAUCCAUAGAUUUCAUUAGUAUUACUGGGUCCUAGUAUAUCAUUAAUUACUGUAAGUCACUAGUGUUUCAUUGGUCUGUACUGGUUCCCUGUAUGCUUUUAGACAUAGCACAACAUUACUUUGCCAUAAAUUACUAGUUUAUAUUGAAUUUUUAUUGCAUUACACUUUAACAUACAAAAUUUUUAUUGCAUUACACAUUAAUAUACAAAAUUUAGCAUUUAAUAAGAAUUAUCUAAAAGAAAUUUUUAAUCUUGAGAGUUUUAUUAUUUUAAAAUUGAUGUUUGAUUUUAAUAAUUUCUAACAUCAGCCAAGAGUUAACUUUGCUUAAAGUUUUAAGGCUACACCUAUAUCAUGAAAAAAGUGAAAAAAAAAUUUAUGAAUAUGCUUUUCUUUGAUUUGGUAGAAGAAAGUAAAAGCAUUUUUUACAAAAAUAUACAACUCAUAUUGACAAAUUUCAAAUUCUUUUUGCUGUUGUUUCCUCUUAUAUUUUUACACUUUGUGGAGACAUACAUAAAUUAAAUCAAACCAACACCAAUGAACAAUACUAAACUCCUAUUUAAUAUUGUAAAGAAGUUAUAAUUUAGAUUUCAAUUAUUUUUAUUGUCAUAUGUAUUUAUAUGAGUAUAUGUGUGUUUGUGUGUGCUGUAGAAGAGUGUACAAUGCAACAUUAUCAUAUUUUCAUUUACAUUUGUAACUUCAGGGAAAAUGUAGUUAUCUGCUGUUUCCUGUUGGCAUUUUCUUCUUCUUCAAAUUGUAAGGAAUAUAAAUAGCAACAACAACAACAAUUUCUUUUGCUUGCUAUAUGGGCCCAGGAUGCUGGAGACAGAACAAAAGCAGAAUACCAAAUAUAAUUUAAGCAGUUGGGUAUUUACAUUGAGUAAAAGGGUGAGAGCAACAAAAUAAUAUUUUAAAACUACUACUAAUAGUAAUAAUAACUAGAUAACCGUAAUUUGCAAUAGCAUUGUGGGACAUCAAAAUAACAAGAAGGAAUUCCAAAAUAGUUGUGGGUAGCCACAUAGAGUUAUUAAGGACAUCUUACAUAUAACCUGGAUUACCUUGACACACAAAAGGCAAGUGCCUUCUCCUAGUUCUUGCUACUGGCUGAUAUCCACAUAAUUAGUGUAGGCCCUUUUAUUCAUGUCAGUUUCACCACUUACACCAAUUUUUAUAAAAUUUAUUGGAGGGUAGCACCUCUCUCUCUCUCUACUCUCACCUUCCUCUUCAAAUGGUAUGUGGAAAAAACUGAUGAGGGCUUCGCCUGAGAGGAAAAGCUUUCCUUGAAGCUUUCAACUACAUCUACCACACAAUUUCCUUAGCCAUAACCACCAGGCAGAAGAAGACUACUCACUCUUCCUUAUCAAAGGAAGACAUGGAUUGAUUUCAUGAUAGACUGAGUUGAUAGCCGGAUCUGUCCUGCAUGCAAUAACAACUGUUUGACAUAAACCCAUGAAUAAGCAAUGUUCGGGCACUGAAUGGGUGUGUGCCAGGCAAUUUCAUCAUUGUGAAUGUGUCUUGGGCUCCAAUGUGACCAUUCCUGUAUUAUCAUUAACAAGCAAAGCCACUCUUUGGAAAUUGUUCAUAAACCCCCAACCUGAAAGUUCUCCAAAAGGAAGAGACUGCUAAGACUUCCUUUGUUGACACUUAGAACCACUCCCAGGUCAUUGUCACUCAUACCACUCUCCUUCUAUAGAAUUUGGGAGUUGGUUUUCCAUUGACCAGAUUGUCCAGCUGGUAGACUGCAGUGAGCACCUGGCAACCAUUCAGUUGCCAAAUACUCUAUUCUGGUCUGUGUUUGACCCAGGACUGCAAGACAGUCAAAGAGACAAGUGCAGAAAGAUGCUACAUGGAUGGUGGCCACACUUGUUCACUCUUAUCAUUGUCCAGGAAUCUCUGCAGAUGAGUCAGCCUCAGCACAUGGUUGCAUAUUAGUGACCACAGUAUCUUUAAUCUCCUUUGGAUCAGGUGUUAACAACAAACAAACUUCCUGACCAGUAGACCCUGUCCCUUCCAUAAGAAGCCAUAGAGCAUAUGCUCCAAUUGGUCGGAUAUUUUCUGGGACAUGUUAUGAAGGUCAGGCAGUAUUAGUCUUGGCAUGAAUCCUCUAAUUUAAAGAAUCUUGGACUAGAAGUGGAAAAUUUACAAUGUUCAUGUUUAUCCCAAGCACAUUAUUAUGGUUCCAGACACAAUCAUAAAGGGACUACAGAUUCAAUUUUCUGAAAACUACCUAUGAUAAUUUCUUUUGACUACACUACUGGGUUAUUUUUCAAGGAACAGAGUAAUAGUGAUCAAAUCAAAACCAGUAUAUUGCAGUACAUAUGUUAUUAGCACUCUCCUCCCAAUAAUUACAGCAUCAAUGAUUAAUAAUCUACUUUGGAAAUCUGCAAUCUUAAUCAUUGGAUAUCAGACUUGAAAGUAGCGUUCCAUUUGCUAUUUCACCAAUGUCUAUGAAUAAUGUUACACCAUGCUAUAUCCUUUAAUUACUUUAUUUAAGAGUGGAAAGACAUUUUUAAUAGUUUGUUUCAUUUACAAAAUUUUGGAUACAUUCUGCUGCUGACUUCAAACUCAUUAACAGGUGCUGAAACUUUACAUAUUUAAGCAUUGAUUUAUAUUAUUUUUUACAUGUUUAACAUCCAUGCAUUCUUCCAUAUUUGUUCUUUAUUCACAUUUUCAUUUCAUAGAUACAGAUUUAUAGUAACAUUUUUGAUACUUUUAAUAUAGAAAAUCAAUUUGCAAAUGGGAAAAAAAAUAUAGUACUAUAUACAUGUGAAUACAUACACUCAUACAAACAUAUAUAUUCAUUUUAUAGUAUCGUACUACAGAAAAUUUAAAUUUAUACAUUUAAGUUUAUUCAUGCUUAUUUUAUUUUUGGAGAGUAUAAUCUUUUUUUUUUUUUUUACUGAAAAAGAUUGCAAACUUUUUCUCCAUUUAUCUCAUUGUUUAUUUUACACUUGGAAUAGUUUAAAAAAAAAAAUAGAAACGAAAUGAACUUAGCACAGGAAAGUUAGAACAAUGGAGGAAUUUCAACCAUGUUUCAUGGUCUGCUACCACAACAGCUCCUUUAUAGGAUCCAGUUAGCUCAAGACAUCAUCAGGAGGAACCACGUCCGGUUUCGGCCCCCACUCCUCUACCGUUUUGAUGUGGUGGGGCCCCGCCUUUCGGAGGUGUCUUCAGCUCUGGUGUUGGGUGCAUGUCUUCUUUCUUCUAUUCCCUGGCCUCUUCGAUGCAGCAUCAAUGAGUGCCAGCGUCCGACUGACUGUCUUGUCAAAUUCCCCUUUUUAUACCUGCUGCUAGGCUCCAGCAGGCUGCCCCAGCAAGUUGUCACAUGACACUGUCUAAACUUCUCACUAAAAAUUGUCAUCCGUCCAUUUGGAUUGCAUUCUGGUCUAUUUCUGAAAAUUUGAUUCAGGAAAAGAGUAGGAUUGUUCUAGCAACGACCAGAAUUGUUUCUAGAGUUUACUUUCCAUGGAUUCUCUCUAUUAUUUUAUGUCUUCCAAUUCAUCAUUAUUGUUAGCAGGUAACCCAACAACUUAUAUAACUUGACUUAUUCAGGUCUGGAUAAUGGUUUCCCUGUUACAUAUAUGAUAUAUUUGAUGAAGAUUAUUUUUUUCAUUUGUUUUGUGAUUUUGUUCUAUAGUUCAAUUUGUUUAAAGUUUAGAAUGAUGAAACAAACUGAAUUUAGCUUUUGCUUUUAAAACGGGUUCUCAGAAUUUGUUUUAAAAGAAUGAGUGAAAUAUCUGAAAAAAGAGAUACUUCCAACUAAGCAAAACAAAACAAAAAUACCUUCUUAAAUAAAAAAAAUUGUUUUGGAUAUUUUCAUAAAAGUAGCAAAAUAACUCCAAAGGAACUGGUUUCGAUAAUUAUGAUUUUAAUUUUUUCUUUCAAUUCUGUCAGUAAUGCCUUAAGGUCCAUUUAGUUUAAAGUGUGAGUGGGGUGUCAAGAUAGUAAUAUAUUAAUACAUUACCUUAGUGUUUUGUGGUGAUUAUUUCUACUAGAAUUUUUGAUGUCUUGUUAUUGAAUUUGGUUUGCAAUUAAUUUAAAACAUAUUUUCCCCUUUUUUUUUUGUUUAUUUUAUUUCACAAUUAGAAAGAAUUUUGAAAGCUCCCAAACUUUAUCUACUUUACUGUUUUGCUAAUUUUUACCAUUUUCUCUUCAAUAUGUUGCUGUUUGUAGAUCGUCAUUCAACAUUUCCUUUCGUUUGUGAUCCAGAAUUCUUUGAAUAUAAUUUACAAGGGAUUUUGAUACUUUUACUACAUCAGUAGGUAGCUUUAAGCACAAAUGAUUUCUUUAGUUUUUUAAUAACCUCCCAUUAAACCUAAAUGAUACGUCUCUUCUAUUUUCUAAUGAGCAUUUAAAAAGAAAAAAAAUUAUCAUGAAUUAUUUCUUUUCAGUACAUAUUAAUUUCAUUCAAUAACUUAAAUUGCUAAAUUGAAAUUUUAUCUCAUAACAUUUUAUUUUACUCAGUUUGAAUUUAGUAACAAAUAUAGCUUCCUCCCUUGCACAUUGAUUUAUCAUAAAGGAUUUUUGUAAAAUUUUUACCCAUGUCACUGCCAGUCACUAGGUGAUAGUCAUCAAAAUAUUAACAUCGUUUUAUCAAAAGGAAUAUAUUCAUUUGUUCCCUCUUCACACUUACACAUGUCUUUCAGGUGUGACCCAUGUCAUUUCCAUUUUUAGUUUCUCCUAAAUGUUUUCUUAUUCUUUCACACAUGCACACACACUUAGAUUUUUACAAGAUUGAAAGUGAUAUCCUUAGAAAGAAAAUUACAAAAUCUUAGCACUAGUUUCUUGUACUGUCAAAAUUUUCAAGAAGUUUCAUUUGCAAUUUACAAUAUCUUAAGCUUAGCUAAACUAAAAGUUGCAAUUAGAUCUCUUUUACAUAAUAAUUACAGCUAAUUGUUCUCUUAAUUUGGUAAUCAAACUUUUGUUUUCUUACAGGAAAAAGUUUACUUUUAACUUAAUGCAAUUUAAAAAUUUUUCUAUACUUCAUUUUGUAUGGGUGUUUUAAUUUUAUUUCCCAUUAUGCAGUUAGUUUUAUAUGAAGCAUUUAUUGUUUUUGUACGCUUUUAUAUUUAUAUCAUCAUCAAAACCCAAAUGCUCAAUUUAAUUUUGGCUUUUACAAAUUCUGCUUAUGUUGUUAAAACUUAACAUUCAGUAAUCAUGUUGAUUUCAUAAGAAACUAAUUUAUAUUAUGAAAAACACAAUUCUUCCUUUUUAUUAUCAUCAAAUUGAAUGUAUGAUGUUUUUACAAAGUUUGAUUAUUUUCUUACUCUAAAGAGUGGGAACUUACAUCUAAUUUGCUUGGAUCAUUUAAAGAAUAUAUAUGUGACCUUUAAGUUCAUCAAUUAAAUCUCUUUAAAAAUUAAUCCAAAAUUAAAUAUAGAACUUGUAUAUUCAAACUAUGUGUACUUGUAAAGACAAGCAUAAAGGACAUAUGUGUGAAAGAAGAAAAGUAAAAUCUUAAUUGAAACAUAUACUCCAUAAUAAUUGUAUCAAAUGAAUCACUUUGUCUCCACAUUCUGAAACAGGAGUUUUUAAUCCUAUGCAUUUUGACAUCAAAACAGAUUUUAUUGAAUUGUUGAAUUUAUAGGUUAUAAAAUAGGGCUGAAUAUAAAUAUAUUCCUUAAAUGACCUGAGUAAAUUGUGUGAAGAUUACCAUUAUUGGAGUGAGAAAAUAGGAGAAUGAAGUCAGUGAUUGUACAGUGGUGAACAACUCCACCUAAGGAAAAGCAAACACUUUAUAACAAAGAAAAUUAUAAAAAUAUGUUAUUGUAAUCAAAGUUUUUAUUUGUAAAAUUUUAUCAACACCUCCAAUCCUUGAUUCUAUUUCUAAUUUGUAUUUACCUUUUUAUUUUAUAUAUGCAAUUAAUUAAAAAAAAAAAAUUUCUUUAUGACUGAAUGGCAAUAACUGGAUAAUUAGUAUAAAAUCAUAUUUCUGAUAUAAUUUAAGGAUAAAGAACUAUAGUUUUUAUAAUAUUCCUUCAAUUUAAAAAUUACUAUUUGAUUUAAAUAAAAUUGGUUUCCUAGUCAUAGGUACUGAGAUUAUAAAUUUAAAUAUAAUGAAGUAAUUCAUCAUUCGUAAAUUUUUUAACAUAAUCAAACUGUUUGAUAAUUUCAAAACUUCAAUUUUAGGAAAGGCUAAAAUAUUAAAAUCCAUCUAAUUUUCGUUUCAUAUGAAGUAAUCCCCCUUCGAUUACCAAAAUUAUUUUUUUAAAAAAUCCUUUUACCAUAAAUUAUAAGUGUAAACACAAUAAAAAAAAAAUCUGUUGAAAUAAUCUCAAUAGGUAUGCCAACAUCAUCAUCAUCAUUUUACAUCACUUUUUGCAUGCUUAAUAGAUUGUAUGGGUCUUCUCCAACAUAGUAUCUCUCCACUUUCGUCAUCCCAUUUAUGAGGUUCAGUCUCCUAAGAUUGACCUUCACUACUACUUCAUGUGUCUUCCUUGGUCUUCCUUUUCCACAGGUUAAUUUCAUUUGACACUUCUUUACACAAGUGUAUCGUGUCCUCCCCAAGUCAGUCUUCUGUCUGGUACACUGAAUCUAAUUCUUCUCGUACCGUGUUUUUUUUUCGUUUCUUUUUUUUUUGUUCUAAGCUUAUUUGUGCUUCACCUUUCAUAUACACUAACAUUACACAUUUGAUGGAGUGUAUUCACCUCAUUUUUCCCCCUUUUUGGCAGCCAUCAUUCAUUUUUUACACUCUCUGCUCAUAUUUUAUUAUAAUCAUCAUAAAUGCAAGUCUACUUUUCCAUGCUGGCAUGAGUUGUAUGGUUUUACUGAGACAAUAUUUUAUGGCUGGAUGCCCUGUUUGUGAUCCUACAGACCCGACAGCACCUCUUAUCCACUCAUAGUUUAAAUGGGUAGAUUAUAAGGUAUCUUACCUAAUCCUUUUCUUUAUAUUGAGCAUGGACCCUUCCAGCCAACUAUAACUUUUGUCUUUUCUGAGUUUAUUUUAAGAUUUCUUGAUUCUAGGUUUUGUUUCCAUAUUUGGAAUUUCUUCUCUAAUCCUUUGACAGAUUCAGCUAUGAGAACUCAGUCAUUGGCAUACAGAAGUUCCUUAUGUAUCGCCUAUCUUUAACUUGUCUGUUAUUGUCUUGGGAACAAUAAUAAACAAGAUAGGGUUGAGAACCAAGCUCUGACGGUCACCUAUCUGAAUGCUAAAUUCCUUGUUGAACUUAUUACUAACACUAACUUUGCAAAUAGUAUCUUUUUACAUGGGUUUCUCAAGCCAUUAAUUAAUUCUUAAUGACCACCAGACACACAAAAUGGUAUCCUAAUACACACUGACAUUACUUUGUUGUCUGGAACAUCUCAUACUUCUAUUCUUUAAAUCAUAGGACACUGGGAAACCUCUUACUUUCCGCUUCUCGUGCUAAGUUUACCUAACAACUAAUAUCAUUAGCUACCUACAUCAUACUACAUCAUAUUGGUCCUUCCUCUCCUUUUCUUCCAAGUCUAUCUUGUGGCUUUUAUGGUCCUACCAUACCAAUCCCCUACCAUAUCAUCUUCCAUCUAGCUGGAACCAGAUCUGGUCUUUGGUUUGCAAAAGGUUUUCUUAUAGAAAAUCUGAUUAUCUUUUAUGUUAUAGGUUUGUAUCUCCUUGAUAUAUGCACCACCAUGUACUUCUAUGAAUGUGUUGUUUCAAUAUUUUCCUUCUCCAAAUUGUCUUGUGUCUCUGGAUCUGUUUUACUCUGAUACCAUAAAUCACUGUCCCAUAUUGAGUGGUCCAUUCUUCAUCAGAAAAAGACUUACUCUUUAUGGCCAUCUGUCUAUCUUGUUUCCCUUGUGUGCAUCUGGUUUAUGCCUUCAUCUUAGCGUUAGUAAUCAGGUUGAUGGGCUAAUCUCCUGAAAGAUUGUUUUACAAACGUUUAAGUCAUUCUGCAUCAUAGAACUUCAAGAACCUUAAUCCCUCUCUCCCCUCCGGGUACAUUGAAGAAUUCAUCGUGAUGUUGUUCCUUUAGCACCUGAUAGGAAGAGAGUAAUCUCUGCUGAUGUUUCGGUAAUUUACCUAUUAUUCUUUCAACAAAGCAUCACAUAAACAAUUAUUAAUCAAAUUUAGUAAAACAAAUAUUACUCGAAUUUUGUAUCAGAGACUACAAUGGUUGGUCAAUAAAUACGCAGAAAACAAACGUUAACCAUAGUGUUCAAAUAUGUGAUUAAAGGGAGUUAAAUCAGCUCUUUUUUGUGAGUUAUCUACCUUGGACAUUAGCUCUUUUUUUUUUUUAAUAUUCGAUUAUCCUUUUAUCUUUCACAGCGGUUUAAGUAGUAAUUACUUUUUAUACUAGCUUUGCUCUUGGCAGGUAUUCAGGAGGAAAGGUAACGUAAUGUUAAAAAUUGCUUUUCUAUGGAUUUUAAUAAGUUAAUUAAUAACUGAUAUUAAUAUACCGAUAAUUUGUCUUAAAUAAGUUUUUAAGAAGGAAACGUCACGUUAUUAGAUAUUAACAAAAAUUUUCCCCCUCGAUUAUCCCAAACGUCUUCUAAACGGCUUUUAUAUUGGGCAUAACUAUAUUUCGAUGCCCCUCGCCUUGACUUUGUUUAUUUUUUACAUACACGCACACAUAUGUAUAUACAUACAUAGAAUUACACAAGCCCAUGCCCACACACACAUGUACACACCCCUCAUUUCAAGUAUUAGGUACAUACUAAAAAUAUAAAACUAGUUACUUCAGUUAAUUGUUUUAUUUAUUCACUAUAUUUUAUUUCACAUAAAUACAUGUUACACACACACAUUCGCCAUAUUAUGAAAGAAAAACCUAAAGCAUGAAUUUGUUAUUUCUUUUAUUUCACAUCUAUUACAUGUACUUCUACAAUUGGUAAUUGAUGAGGACAAAUUAUAAAUGUUGUUUCCUAAGUGCAUUCAGUAUGAUUGAACACACUUUGUAAAUCACAUUUAUAAUUUACCAUCAUUGAUUAUCUAUCAUAGGAAUGCAUGAAAUAAAAGAAAUAGAAAAUUCAUGCUUGAUGUUUUUCUGCCAUACUAGAUGUGCUCUUCAUAUAAUGUAAUAGCUCUAUAAUGGUGGCAUAGAACUUAACUGGAUUAUGCAGCAGGGGUAGUUUAAUAUGACUACUAUUAAGAGCCACAAACAAUAAAGUUAUUUUUUGCACACUUAGCACAUCCAUUUCCACUUAUAUGUAUAUAUUUCUGCGUAAUAGAAACUUGACAAAUGAGAAUCAAUGAAAUGUUAUUUAUGAAUUGGGGCUGAAUUUUGCUUUUCUUCUGUACCAAAGUGUAUAUUUUCUUGUUAAGGCACAAAAUCUCUUUAUAUUAACUAUUUGUGUGUAUUCGAGAGAGAGAGAGAGGGGGGAGUGGGGACAAGCAUAACAUGCUCGUCCUCUUUUCUCAUUUUAUUUUCCUUUCAAGUUUAAAACUCUCCUAGGCCUUUUUUUUUUAUUCAUUGUUAUUGUUGAUAUUUAGACAGAAGAAAUUGGAAAGCCCUAUUUGUUAUAUAGAAUUAUGAUUUGUAGCAAAGCUAUACACUGCACUCAUCGACAGCUUUAUAGAUUUUACACAGUUAAACAGGGGACAGAGAUAAUAUACAUAAUUAUACAAGCAGAGUUAACAACAUUAUUACACCAGCAGAAAUAUAUAUUAUUGCAAUAUAUAUUAUUACACAAACAUGAAUAACAAAAUAGUCGCACAAACACUGACAUUAUAUAUAUGUAAUGCACAAAAAUACGUAUAUGGUAACAAAAAAGUCUGCCUGACUUUGCAUGAUGUUUUUAACGCUUAGAUCAGUUUUUCUCUCAUUUAACAUGCAUUAAAAUAUUUUUGAAAUUAUAUUGCUUUUUCCCUUUCCCCUCCUCCAAAUGUGGCCAUUUUUCUCAGAAUGUUUUUAAUUUGAAAAAUAUAUCUUACAUAGGUUUUUUUCUGUUUUUGUUUUAAUGAUUUGUGAAAUUGUUUAUUACAAUGAAAUAUAUUUUACAGAUCUAUGAUAAAUUUAACAUAUCUAGAUCUAGUCUUAGUUACUAACUGUGGGAAGUUGCAGGUUUUCUGCAGCCUCCUGCUUGAGGUUCAAACCUAGAAGGUUUAAUCUUUUGUGAUAGUCCCUUUUUUUCUUUUCCUUUUUAAUAUUUUGUUUUGUUCCUUUUCUAACAUGAAAUAUAUAUUUUAAUUGUUUGUGUAAACUCUACAAAUUCUCAUAUUUGAACUUUAAUGAAAAAAUAGCAACUAUAAUAUCGAUUGUUAAUUUAUUUACAUUUUAAUUUUAUUUAUAUUUUGUAAAGAAUGUAAUAAUAAACGAAAUAUUGUUUGAUCUCUUUUUUGUAGAGGAAAAAUGUAAAACCAACACAACAAUGAUAAUAGUAAUAAAACCAAACAAUUAACAAUAAAUAAAUGAAUAAAGUUACUUAGUUAAUGGGAUAUUACUACUCUAUAUAUCCAGAGUAAGUAUUUCAUUUAUUGGGUAACUUACUUUGCAUAAUUAUAUUGUAUAUUUUGCUAUAUUUUCUUCUGUUGUGACAAUGUCUUUGAUCUAAGGCAAAGAUGGUUAUUGAAUAAUCAUCAGCUAUAAUUGAGUAUUUUGUGUUUGUGAUAUUACUGUUGGUUUUUAGAAAAAAAAAUCCCUGGUCACAGGCCAAGAGCUUCGGAAUUUGUAACAGUUCCAUGAACUGUCAUUAGCGAUGACAUUUUUUUUUAACAAGCAUAUAAUGAAUCAACCAUUAAUGAAUUAAAAAUUUGAGAAUAAUUUCUUCUCUAAA